CCCCCCCCUCUUGCCGCCCUCGCAACACACGGCUGCCACCACCUCUCGGCCUGACUGCAGCGACCCCCAUUCUGUUGGGACCGAACUCCCUCAACCCAACCCACCUUCAUCUCCCACCGCCGCCGCCGCCGCCGCCGCCGUUGCCCUCCACUUCCCCUCGUUAUUCCCGCAAACCCACGCCGGCUGAGAGCUCCGUCCCUGGCCCCGCGCCCUGCUGGCUGCACCCUCCCCCAGCUGCACCAGCACACGCUCGCUUUCGCUCUCGCCCCGAUCGAAACCCUCACCACUCGAGCCCGCCGCCAUACGGCACCCCGAGCGCCAAGCGUGCUUCUGCGGCACAAGACUACGUAGAUGCAGUCGUCCAACACCGGCCCUUCGCCGCAACCACAGCCAAACAUGUCGGCCCCGGCGCCCCUCCUUCGACCACCCAUCCCUGGCGCCCGCCCAGGACGACGAGGCCCGCCAUCGCUCGGCCUCUCGAUACCACCCUCGCCCAACCAACGCCCCGUCACCAAUGACGCCAAUGGAAACGCCCAGGCCCGCCCCCAUCCCCCCAAGCUGAGCGUCGUGACCCCCAUGGGCUCCAACAACGCUCCCCACGAAGGCAGACAGGUCCCGCGCGGCCUCCCCCCGCUGCAAAUCGGCACAGGCCUGUCGGCAUCCGGCUCGAGCGAUGCAAGCGCACACUCGAGAUCCGGCAGCUUUGGCGAAAUGGCUGUAAAUGGCUCGGCUUCUUCAUACCACGCAGCAUUGGGCUUUCCCGGCCUGCAGAAAGGCACCGAUCCCAUUUCGGCCAUAUCCCAAGGAGGCAGCGAGGGCGCUCCGUCCAUGGAGCGUGCCAACAGCAGCCAGCCAUUACCCGAUCUAGACGCCCUGGCUGCCGAGAAGGGGCGCCCGUUGGAGGUGGACGAUCUCGACGACGCAGCAUGGCGAGCCGCAAGCGCAAAAGGAUUGAUAGAGGAAAAAGGCAGUCUAGGCGAGGGUGCCGGAGGUGCCGUCACCAAGUGUAUGCUCAAGGGCGGAAAGACUACAUUUGCCCUCAAGAUCAUCACGACGAACCCCGAUCCUGAUGUCAAGAAGCAAAUUGUACGAGAGCUAUCCUUCAACAAGAACUGUGCCAGCGACCACAUCUGCCGCUACUAUGGCGCCUUCAUGGACGACAGCACAGGAACAAUCAGCAUUGCCAUGGAAUUUUGCGAGGGUGGGUCGCUAGACGCCGUAUAUCGCGAGGUCAAGAAGCUUGGAGGCCGAACCGGCGAAAAGGUGCUUGGCAAGGUUGCCGAGGGCGUGCUCAACGGCCUGACAUACCUCCACUCUCAUCGCAUCAUCCACCGAGACAUCAAGCCCAGCAACAUUCUACUGUGCCGAAACGGCCAGGUCAAACUAUGUGAUUUUGGCGUGUCUGGCGAGUUUGGAACAAAGGGCGACGCAAACACGUUUAUCGGAACCUCCUACUACAUGGCCCCAGAGCGCAUCACUGGACAGAGCUACACCAUCACGAGUGACGUGUGGAGCUUAGGCGUGACGCUGCUGGAAGUCGCCCAACACCGCUUCCCCUUCCCGGCCGACGGAACAGAAAUGAACCCCCGCGCCGGCUUGAUUGAUUUGCUCACAUACAUUGUGCGCCAACCCAUUCCCAAGCUAAAAGACGAGCCUGAAAACGGCAUCAAAUGGACAGAGAACUUCAAGUACUUUAUCGAGUGCUGUCUUGAGAAAGAGUGCCCUCGAAGAGCCACGCCUUGGCGGAUGCUCGAGCAUCCCUGGAUGGUUGAGAUGAAAUCCAAAAAGGUCAACAUGGCGCACUUCCUGAAGCAAGUUUGGGACUGGAAGGAUUAAGCCCACCUUGUACCACCAUUUUACAUUCGGCUUACCAUGACUUUGUCUUCAUCUUGUGCUGCAGCGUGCUCAAAGGCACCGCCGGUUGACACAAAGCCAACACGCAGCUUCUUUUGUACCUUCGUUUCAUAUGUCAAGUCGCGUGCUGGGCAUGAGGCUUCAGGCUCCAGACAUACAAUACUCUUGAUUUGGCGCGGGAAGCGGCCCUCUUCGCAGUGGGCACAUACCACGCUAGGGUUAUGCGACAUGGACGGGGGUUUCAUAUUGGAAGCCUUUACCAAGUCUCCAAGGCAUGGACAAUUGGAAAACUAAUUGGGUGGUUGCGCUGGAGUCGACUCCAUUAGCAUUGAAGGCGUCUGAGCACUUCAGGUUUGCAUAUAGCAGGCGGCACUUGAGGAAAACUUGAAUCUAGACACAGUAAAUUGU